AUGGAUUUCCAUGAACUGCUGAGGGAAAAGGCGAACAUAAUAAACCACGUCGAUGAGUUAAGGGGCUUUUUAAAGGGAGUUGAUCAGGGCGACGUGGCAAGCAAACCUAACGUGGGCGCAGAUCUCAUAAACUGUGCAAACUACAAAAUGCUCGCGUUCGACCUGAACAACUCGAGUCUCCUGGAGAAGCACUUAACGAGUUACGGGUUCGACUUUUCGAUCCCUACUCUGUUCAUUUGUGAGUGCGUUUUAAUUUAUUUGGAGAUAACUAGCAGCGACAGUUUAAUAAAAACGUUGGCUGGCCUUAUGAGAAGCACCUCGUGCAUGUUGGUGUAUGAACAGGUCAACCCAAACACCGCCUUCGGAAAGGUAAUGAUAAGCAAUUUUAGCCAAAGAGGUAUAGAACUGAAAAGUAUCUUCAAAUACGACAAUUUGGAAAAACAGCUUUGCAGAUUUAAAUCCCUGGGAUGGAGUCAUGUCUACAUAAGUGACAUGAACGAGAUUUAUGAUUAUCACUUAAGUAGGGAUGAAAAAAAAAAAUUGAAAAAAUUGAAAUGUUUGAUGAGUUUGAAGAAUGGAGGUUAUUACAGAACCAUUACUUCAUCCUCGUUGCGUUUAAUCCUUCCGAAAAUUUGGGCACGAAUGCUCUGUAUGUUUUUUUAA